UUAAAGCCGGACCCCUCUCCCAAGAUCGCCCGCCCCAUCAAAUCCCUCUUCCCAAAGCCCUCCCAGCAGAGCAGCCAGCGCCCGCCCCGAGACCCCAGCUAACCAAUCCAGCCACCACGGGCGCCUUUCCGUCUUUCCCCGCCGGCAACGGCAUGGACCCAAGCCGCAAGCACGGCGCCACGGGCGCCUCCUCCUCGUCUUCGUCCGCCGACGGCACGCACCCUGGCUGCAAGUACGAGGAGGAGGCGAGGAUGACGGGGGACGCGCUCCUCGUCCUGGACGGCCUCGUGCAGGUGUUCCCGCAGGUUAACUUCUCAACACUGAUAGAAGUUUCCAUCUCAUUCAAUGGAGAUGCUGAUGCAGCAGCAGAUUAUGUUAUCCAUAAUGUCCUUCCAAAUAGUACAGCAGAUGACAAUAAUGCAAGCAUGAAUGACGAUUCAGAUAUUCAUGGGCAACAUCAGGUAUUUAGUGACACAAACACUAGUUUCACGAUCCCGCCAGUGGAUGAUGGUACCAUUCCAAAAUCUGUACAGUUUGAUGCUAUCAAUGAAAAUUCUGCUGAACAUGGAGAAAACUCCAUGGGAGAACAAUUGAUGCAGUCACCUGCUGCAGCAUCAACAUCUGGUCAGGACGUUCUACCUGAAGAAAUUGAUUCUGAUUCUGUGCUAGCUGGAGCGCAGAACUCAGUUGUCGAUCAUGAAGUGGCUCAUUCUGAAAACGAGCAGAAAGAAAUGAAUUAUCCUGACCCCGCUACUGAAGAUCACCGUGAUGAACAAAUACAAUGCUCAUUUUCUGACGAAAACCAGGCCGAGCCAACUUCUGAAGAUAUUUCUACGCUGCAUGGUGAUGAUUCACCUGAUAUGAACAUGCGAUCAAACUAUUCCGUUAUUCCUGAGUCCAUUGAUGAUGCAAUCUCUGCUGAAAACUGCAAGAAGAAUACUUUGCUGUCAAAUAUGGCAGCUAUAAGUGAAAUGCUAGAGGAGGUUGAGGUUAGUGAGGCAGAAACAAAACAUGUUGUAUCCGAAGCAAGUCAAGCUGGCAAUGAUAUUCUUGUAAAGGCGGCGAAGCUAAAAGAAAUGUCUACACUUGCAGCGGAAGAGCACAACAAGGUUGCAGCAGAGGUUUUUGCUGAGAAAUCUAUUCUAGCCUCAGAAGCUCAGGGGCUCCAGUCCUGGUUGUUUGACAUUUCUGAAGAACGAAAACACUUCGUGUCUGUCAUUGAUGAGAUGCACCAGACUCUUCAAAGAAGACUUGAUUUAGCAGAAGCAGAAAGAGCAGCUGCUGAGAUGGAAAUGAUUGAAAGGGAAAAAAUGGCUCAAGAAAUGCUGAAAGAACAGGAAGUCCUACUUGAUGCUGCCAAGGAAGAGUCUAAGAAGCUGGAGCAACAGGCAGAGGAGAAUGCGAAGCUGCGGGAGCUACUGAUGGACAGGGGCCAUGUUGUGGAUGCAUUGCAUGGAGAAAUGCUUGGAAUCUUCGGCAACAUUACGCACCUCCAAUGCAGAGUUGAUAUGCGAGUUCCUGCCGAUGAACAACGCCAACUAGCUUCGUCGAUACUGUCCAGCUCAGUCGAGUCAGCAGCUGGCCAAUUCCCUGCUGAAGAACCACUGCAGCUCGCACCAAUGAGCUUUCCCAGCCCGGUCCAAUCAGCACAGUCCGGACUAAUUUAUGUUAAUGAGCCCGGUCCAAUGAGCUUAGCGGGCUCGGUCGUAUCAGCGCCUUCAAAACUACUUCCUACUGGUGAAUCGCUGGACCAAAGUUCAUCGAGCUUGGUCGGCUCAGUCGUAUCGGCGCCUUCCAAACUGUUCUCUGUCUGUGAGCCACUUCAGCUAGCUUCAUCGAGCUUGUCUAGCUCUGUCAGAUCGGCAACUUCGGGGAGCAGCUGGUCUUCUGCCACGGAGUCGAAUUCAGGUUUCAAUGACGACGAGGAGAUCGCCGUUGCUUCUCCCCGUGAUAAUUUCGCUUUGGACGACACCUGGGAUGUAGUCGAAGACGUGGAAUGCGUGUGCUAACCUUCUGGGCAUGAUGCUCGUGAUGUUCUAAUCCAUGCUUCAUUUUUUAUCGGCAAGAGUUAUUAGCAUCUGUCCGUACGGGCCGGAACUUGUUCCAGAUUUACGCAUGUUUUUUUGUUGAGUUUCAGAGAUUUACGCAUGGUGAUAACGUGCUUUCAUGUUGGUAGUUUUCCUCUGUAGCCGGAACUUGCUCAUAUGAGGGUCAUCAGAAAAGGUGACAAAUUUUGUUUAGUAGUGAUAUUAUUUGACAGUCACUCCGGGUUCUGCACAACCUUCGGUGAAA